AUGGCUAUGGAAGCCAUCACGCAGCUCAAUGAAAUGUCAGAAGCUCCGCUAGAGAUUGACUCGUACAUCUUCAGGGAUAUCAGUAUUCAGCAAGCCCUCGUGACUCCAGAUGAUGACGACGGUAUCGAGACACUGUUUAACAUGAGGCCUUCGAGGCUCAGCACAGACGAGACCAUGCGAUGGUGGGAUUUCAACACCUCAUCGAUAUCUACUGAAGGCCACGUCAAGAACCAUAUGACUGGCAGGAUCCGCAUAAACACGAACAAGCGUCGAGCCCUCGCCAGAACUGUACCCAAUCUACCUCAGCGCGCCUCGAGAAAGCUCUGGAAUCAAGCCUUGAAAAAGGUUGGCUUCAACAACGGCCUUACGUUUCAAGAUAUGGACAACAUCACGUUUGGUGGCAUCUCAUACUGUGCUCAGGCCACGACCAACAUCAAGACGUCUGUCAUGAAGGAUGAGACUUGUCACGUACUUCAUCCAGCCAUUCUCGACUCAUGCCUCCAGCUCAUGGUCGUCGCCAUCUGGGCCGGUCGAGCCAGCGCGAUGAAGUUCGGCGCUGUUCCCGUCACCGCCGAAGAGAUCGUUGUUUGGAAGCCAACGCAAGCUCAGUUGGAUGGGAGUUCCAGUGCGAAGGCCUUCUCCUGGAUCGAUCCCCGUGGCCAGAGCCUUUUUAAUGCCCACAAUCAGCUGUUAGCAAGCGACGGGCAAGUCCUAAUGGAGAUCAAGAGCAUGCAGUGCACUGCUUACGAGGCUGCCAUACCGCAGAGCUUAGAAGACGUCACUCACCCACAGCCUUAUAGCCAUAUUGUCUCGAAGCCAGACUUCUUACUUCUCAGAGGCAGCCAGAGCCACCUAUCACUUGUCGACUUUAUUGAACUCGCUCAUUUCAAGAAUCCGGCAUUGAAGGUGUUGACUUCGGACACGGCAACUGCUACAGCUUUCCUGGCAAGACUUCCUAUGCUUUGCCUUACAGUAGCCACAGAUGCUACUCAUACCUCUGAUGUCACUGCUGAGCUGGGCAGUUUCACAACCGUAUCUGUGGAACCCUUGGUGCUGACGGCUGAUCUGACGGCGCAGUCUCAGGAGAAGCUCAAGUGCUCUUUUGAUAUCAUCGCUGCCCCUAACACGUCUCUCUAUGAGCUUCAGAAUAUCUCUGAACUUCUCUCAGAAGACGGUUGCGCUGUACUAGGAGGGGAUAUGUCUGCUCUGACAGAACAAAGUCUGAGAGACGCCGGAUUCUCCGGUUUUGAAUCAUUCUUGGGAGAGUCCUUAUUCGUCACUCGUAUCGAGAAGACCAGCAACCCGACAGCAGUACCCAUCCAGCUACUAUAUCACACUGAUCCUCCCAGCUGCGUAUAUGGUUUGGAGCGUGAGCUUGAAAAGGUGGGUUUCAAGACUGAGCGCUUGAGGCUAGGCGAGACCUGCCCAGCUGGAGCCAAUGUGAUCGCCUUGGUUGAUCUUGAAGCCCCUUUUAUGGCCAGGAUGUCGAAAGACGAGUUUUCGCAUAUCCAGAAGAUCCUAAGCGAGGUUUCCAAAGUGUUAUGGAUGUCUCGCAGCGAUGCAUCGAAGGAUACGACUCGCUCCGAGUAUGCGAUGACGGCAGGGCUCCUGCGAUCCCUUCGUUCUGAACGAGCUUCUCUUAAAGCAACACUUGUGGACUUUUCUAUUGAUGACCUUGCUUCUGAUGCAUUUGGCACAAGAACAUCAGAUCUCGCAUCGGUAUUCUUUACUGGUGAGCAAGAACUGGAGACGGAGUACAUUUCCAAGGACGGCCAGCUCCUCAUCAACCGACUCGUUCCAUUCGACAGGAUCAACGAGAGAUACGCUCUCACUGACGAGGAGACCCAGUCCCAGCCCUUUGACCCAGAAGCUAGACUGGACGGUAAGAUUGACUCUGGAAAGGUUGUAUUCUCUCACUGUAACGCCGAUGGGGCGGCAUUGCAACCCACCGAGGUAGAGUUCCGAGUCAUAGCAACAGGUCUUACCGAUGAAGACAAAGCUGUCAUAUCAGGCUCCUCUCCCGGCCCUGACUUCAGCCAUGAGGCCUCUGGCAUCGUGACACGGAUUGGGAAUGCCGUUCAAAGGGUGUCGCCUGGCGACCGUAUGGUGACCUUCAGUGCAGGCACGCUGUCAAGCUUUCAGCGCGUCUCGGAGUAUCUUGUACAAAAGCUCCACGAUUCUGAGGACCAUGAGGCUACUGCAGGUCUCCCGAUGUACUAUGGUCCUGCUCUCUUUGGCCUUGAGACACUUGCAAAGCUCGAGCCCAAGGAGUCUGUUCUUGUACUUCCCGGCUCAGGAAUCCUUGGAGGAGCCGCGAUCAGAGUCACACAAGCGCUCGGGGGUCGAUUUUACGUCGCAGUCAGGAACGAUACCGAGGCCGAAGAGGUGCAAAGUUCUUUUGGCCUUUCUAGACACCAGAUUUUGGUUGACUAUACUCCUGAGCUGCUUCACGAAUACGAAAUCGACGUGGUGUUCUCGGGCAGUUCAGUCGAGCCAGCAAUAUCAAAAGAGUCGUGGAGAAAUAUGCUGGCCUUGUCACGAUUUGUGAACUGUGGCAGGAUGCCUGUAGGCUCGUCCUUGGACUCUACGUCUGCCUCCCGCGGAGCAAGCUACCUACCAGUCAACCUCAUUGGCCUCUUCAAGCUGCCCCAGGUUCUUGGUCGACUCCUUGAGCGUAUUAUGAGACUCCACAGGGAUGGCUUCCUCCCUGUCCCACCUUUGACCGUUAGCAAUAUUUCGGACAUCAACAGCUCAAUCGUCCUUUCCUCUGCUCUCAACAGCAGCGAAACCAUCAUCACCUUCACCCAUACAAAAGGUAGCACUGUAGACGUAACCCGCACCCCUCCACGUCUUGAGUUGCACUCAGAUGCCACUUACCUCCUCGUGGGAUGUCUCGGUGGCCUAGGGUGUAGCCUCACGACGUGGAUGAUGAAGCGAGGAGCGCGGAACUUUGCAUUUCUGUAUCGUUCGGGAACGGAUUCUGGGCAGGCUGCCCUUUGCGUCCAGGACCUGGAAGCCCGAGGUGCCCGGGUGCAGGUCUUCAGAGGCGAUGCGGCUAUCAAGGAAGAUGUCGAAAGAGCCGUAGCCUCGAUACCAUCCGAUGCGCCUCUCCGGGGUAUCGUGAAUGCUGCCAUGGUCUUGCGAGACGGCCUUUUCCAGAACAUGGCUGGACAAGGUCCAUUCAGCCAAAGGUUCUCUGUAGGUAACUAUGCGGCUGCAAACUCCUACAUGGAUGCACUUGCUCGCCUGCGUCGCUCUCAAGGCAAACCUGCAUGUGCAGUCAUUCUCCCCAUGGUUCUCGGAGUGGGAGUCGUUGCUGAGAAUCUGGACCUCGAGAACUCGCUCACUCGCAAGGGUAUGUAUGGUAUUGACGAGGAGGCUCUACUAGACGCUUUUGAGGUGUCAAUCUUGGAGCAACAGCGUCCGCAACAUGAUGGCGCCAGCUUUGAUCAUCUUGUCGUCGGCCUUGACCCUGCCGAGCUCCACAGGGCAAGAAGACAGGCUGACGGUGAUGUUGAUGCUUUCUGGGCCGCGGACCAGCGUUUCUCUAUCCUCCUUGACAGUAUGAAUCAACUCGACGGCGCGAAUCAAGGCGAUGGAGAGGCUCAAUUCUAUCCCGGGUUAAGGCUGCCGACUCACCAGCGCAAGCCGCUUCCCUGGUGCGCGACCAUUUCAUCGCCAAGCUGGCCAGGGUGCUUCUUCUCGACCAUGAUUGGUGCCGAGCUACGGAAUUGGAUCUUCAAGGAGUUGGGGCUGGAUGUUGCUUUCCAGCAACUUCUGAGCCCAUCUUUAACAAUUGCCAAGUUCGCUGAGCUUAUCUGUGUUUCUCAGGGUAUUUUUGUGAAUGCUGAAUAG